AUGUCUGCUCAGCCCCUCCAGGCCCAGCCUUCCGGCCCCAACCGUCUGCUCUGCUCCGAGUCGGACAAGGUCUACGGUGACUUCCGUGACGACCUCUCCCGCGAUGGCUACGCCAUCAUCAAAGGCGCCAUCCCACGCGAGCGUGCCGACAAGUACGCCGACGAGAUGUACUCAUGGCUCGAAGGCUUCAACCUCGGCUUCAACCGCCACGACCCCAGCACCGUCCACAAGCGGCACCUCCCGCACAUCACCGAAAAAGGCAUGAUCCUCAACUACGCCGCAACGCACGAGUCCUUCGCGUGGGCGAUCCGCGGCGAACCGGGCGUCAUCAACACCUUCGCCGCCGUCUACGACACGCCCGACCUGCUCGUCUCGUUCGACGCGCUCAACGCGUCCUUCCCCAACCGCACCGACAUCCCGGCCAACUCGCCCUGGCCGCACCAGGACCAGGACCCGGAGCGGCCGGGCUUCCGCUGCCUGCAAGGGCUGGUCAACUUGCUGCCGAACGGCGCCGACGACGGCGGGCUGAUCGUGUGUCGUGGAGCGCACAGGCUGAGCGAUGAGUUUCAUGAUGCGAUGAGGGCGGCGAACGACGAGAGGAUUCCGGCGUGGACGAAUGAGUGGUAUGGGUUCACGGAUAGGGGGAUGAGGUGGCUUGAGGAGAAGGGGUGCGAGUGGGUGAAGUUGUGUGCGGAGCCUGGCGAUUUGCUGCUCUGGGAUAGCCGGACGCCGCAUUACAAUUUGAGCCCGACGGCCGGGAAGGAGGGCGCUAGGCCGAGGUUUGCGAUUUAUACGUGUUAUAUGCCCGUGGCGGAGGCGACGCAGGAGGAUUUGAGGAGGAAGAGGGAGGCGUUUGAGAAGCGCGUCGGGACUACUCACUGGCCCAAUGCCAAACAUGUUGGCAGCAACGUUGCGAAGCGCGAUGGCGAGGAUGACCCGCACAACAGGUUCAAGCCUGUCAACGAGCCAGUCUUGGAUGAGCGCACUUUCAGGCUCACUGGUAUUCCGUACAUUCAGGAAUCGGUUGAAGUCCCGGUUAUCGCCGUAGUCGAAGCUCCGCAAACGCAAAGCAUCCAGCCCGAGGUGGCAGUAGGAGCGUGA